AUGACAGUAAAAUAUUCAAUUAAUGAACUUUUAGUAGAUCAUGAAUCACUAUCAGAUAAUUUUACAUGCCCAAUUUGUUUUGAUUUAUAUUAUUCAAGUUCUUCAAAAAAAGAAGUUUUUCAAUGUAGAGAUGGACAUUUAGCAUGUAAAUCAUGUUGGUCAGAUUCAUUAUUAAAUAAAAAAGAAUGUAUGAUUUGUAGAACACCAGUUAAUUCAAUGAAUGAAUUAUCAAGAAAUAGAUUUAUUGAAAAUGAGUUUUUAAAAAAAAAAGUUUAUUGUCCAAAUUCAUUUUUCUUUAUUGAAAAUGUAAAUGUUGAUGAUUCAUCAAUGAAUGAAGCAUUGAUAAGGGAUGAAUCAAAUGGUUGUAAAGAGAUAAUUACAGUUGAAGCAUUAGAGAAACAUCAAGUUGAAUGUCAAUUUAGAUUUGAAAAAUGUCCAUUCACAGGAUGUGAUAAAAUAUUAAGAUUAAAGCAAAUUGCCGAACAUAAAAUAGAUUGUAAAUUCAGUUCAAAGUAUUGUUUACAUUGUGAUAAGGAGAUACCAGGUCAAUUGGAUGCUCAUGCUUUAGUUUGUCCAAAAGUUAGAAUACAAUGCACUCAAUCCGAGUCUUGUAAAAAAUCAUUCCCAAGGGAACAAUUAAGACUGCACAUAGAUCAAGAUUGUAAAUUUACAAUUGUAAAAUGUAAAUAUUGUUGUCUAAAUAAUAGUAAAAAUGAGUCUAUUGAUUUCAAAAGAUUCGAAUUGGCCGACCAUUAUGAAAAGGUGAAUCACUCAUUUGAGAUGGACAAAGUUAUAAAUAACCAACAAUUGGAAUUGGUUGAAUGUAAGAACCAAAUCUACCAAAUCAAUAAUAAAUAUGAAAAACUUUUAGAAAGGGUGAUUAAAUUGGAACAAUUAUCAAUGGACGCUUCAAAUAAAUUAUCACUAUUACCAAGAUUUAAAAAUUCAAUUAUUUUCGCAACAUUUUCAACUCAUAAAUUAAAAAGAGUGAAUGAAGGUAUUAGUACAGUCCCUUUGGAUGUUGGUAAUAAUAAAUUCAAAUUAACACUUUACCCAAAUGGUUAUGAUGAAUCUAAUAAAGGUAAUAUCUCUGCUUACCUCUAUAGAGUUAGUAUCAAUGAACCAGCUGUAAAAGUUUCAUUUACAUUUGUAUUUAAUAAUCAAGAUUCUCGUAAAAAUAGAACUUAUAGAAUUCAAGAGUAUACUUUUAAUGGUGGUGCAACUUCUGGUUGGGGUUAUCCAAAAACUUUAAAAACUGUUGAUGUUGAUUCUGCAAAUGGUUGGUUAACUGAUGAAGAUAAAUUAGUUAUUGGUCUUAGAAUUCAAGUUUUACCAUAA